AUGGCUUACAAGGUUGAUCACGAGUACGAUUAUCUCUUCAAGAUUGUGUUGAUUGGAGAUUCUGGAGUGGGAAAAUCCAACAUUCUUUCCAGGUUUACAAGAAAUGAGUUCUGCUUGGAGUCUAAGUCCACUAUUGGUGUUGAAUUUGCAACCAGGACUCUUCAGGUAGAAGGAAAGACUGUAAAGGCACAGAUAUGGGACACAGCUGGUCAAGAGAGGUAUAGAGCUAUCACUAGUGCUUACUAUAGAGGAGCUGUUGGUGCGCUUUUGGUUUACGAUAUAACCAAGAGGCAAACCUUUGACAAUGUCCAAAGGUGGCUCCGUGAGCUGAGGGACCACGCUGACUCCAACAUAGUCAUUAUGAUGGCUGGGAACAAGUCCGACCUUAAUCAUCUUAGAGCAGUUCCGGCAGAAGAUGCUCAAUUAUUGGCAGAGAAAGAAGGUCUCUCAUUCCUGGAGACGUCAGCGUUGGAAGCGCUCAAUGUUGAGAAGGCAUUCCAGACAAUUUUAUUGGAUAUCUACCACAUUAUUAGCAAGAAGGCACUGGCAGCGCAGGAGGCAGCUUCCACAACUGGAAUUCCUCAAGGCACCACCAUUAAUGUUGCAAAUCUAUCUGGUAAUGUCAACAGGAGACCUUGUUGCUCUAAUCAGUAA